AUGGUGGCGGCGGAGGGGUGUAGACUGUGUUGGAUUGAAAUGGCAGAGAGAGAGUAUGAGAAGGAGACGGAGAGGGCGCGAAGGGAUCUAAGAGCCCUCAUCUCCUCCAAGAACUGUGCCCCCAUCAUGCUUCGCUUGGCGUGGCAUGAUGCAGGCACAUAUGAUGCAAAAACAAAGUGUGGAGGUCCCAAUGCUUCUAUUAGGAACCAAGCUGAGCUCAAUCAUGCUGCUAAUGCUGGUCUCAAUAUUGCCAUUCAACUUUGUGAGGAAGUAAAAGCUAAAAAUCCAAGAAUCUCAUAUGCAGAUCUUUACCAGCUUGCGGGCGUCGUUGCUGUUGAGGUUACCGGAGGCCCCACUAUCGACUUUGUUCCAGGCCGAAAGGAUUCCAUGGCCUCCCCGGAAGAAGGGCGCCUUCCCGAUGCCAAACAAGGUGCUUCCCACUUAAGGAAGGUUUUUAAUCGAAUGGGCCUCUCCGACCAAGAUAUAGUGGCACUAUCCGGGGGGCAUACACUGGGAAGAGCUCACCGUGAGAGGUCAGGAUUCGAAGGCCCUUGGACACGAGAUCCUCUCAAAUUUGACAAUUCUUACUUUGUAGAGCUUCUUAAAGGAGAUUCAAAAGGUCUGCUAAAACUACCUACUGAUAACGUUCUCGUAGAGGAUCCCGAGUUCAGGAAAUACGUGAUCUUGUAUGCUGAGGAUGAAGAAGCAUUCUUCAGAGACUAUGCAGCUUCGCACAAGAGGCUGUCGGAGCUGGGAUUCAGUCCACCGUCGUAUUUGGGAUUACUCAUCAAGAAGACAAUGAUCACGGCUGCUGUAGCUGUGACAGUGGUACUUCUGAGUUACUUCUAUGAAAUGAACAAAAGGGACUCGUCUAAGUGAUAAGCAUUGUUGCCGUGUAAAUACUUUUCUCACCAAAUCGAAAAUUUCAUUGAAUCCAUUUCAAACAAACCGUGUAACCCCAAAAUUAUUUCAAUAAAUUAAAUAAAAUAUAGUAUAUUACUUA